CCACAGGCUUUGGGUCGUCCAUGGCACCGGAAGGCGGGUAUCAUGAACAUAUCCUGUGCUCAUGUUGAUUGCGUACAUAAUAAUGUGCGUUAGACUGGGGAUGAGUCCCGUGUUGACAAUCCCCUGGAUAUUAUGGUGUUUAUGGGUGGGAAGAGAAGGUAUUUGUAUUGGAGCACUUCUAUGACACUGGCCACAGUUUCGGAGCGCUUUGAUGACCAUAAAUCUUCUCUUGGUCAUAUCGAGUAUUUCCAAAUCUUUGCGCGCGCAAUCAUCUCCAUCAAUCUAUUCCAUCUCCUUUUCCAUUUUCUCUCUAAGCUGUUAUUCGCCCACAGCCUGGAGCGGAAGCGAUCACGCCUUGGGCCUCAUUCUGCCACCUGUACGCUUCAUGUCUACCAAACUCUUUCCGAAGAGAAGUGGUCUCAAAACCCAUACGCAUCUAUUUCCUUAAAUGGCUCAGUCACCUUUCUAAGACCACUUUUUGGCAUCAAUUUGAUUCCGAAUGCGGUCCUUGGCCAUGUCGGGAUCUGGGUCGAUUUGCACCUACCCUGUGCGAAUUUUUCAGCACACCCCGCAAGCGGUUUUGUCAACGAAAAUGGAUGUCUCCCUUGAAGUACUCCGCAUUAUUUAAGGUAUCUUCAAAGAAGUGGUACUGGCGUCUUCUUCAUCAGUCACCGGUCCAGCGAUGGCAACUUCAACAAUCACCACCUAUCGCAAGAUGCCCCUAUUGGUUUCUACUGCCCUAACAUUCCUUUCACUGCCCAUUACCCCUAGGCUAAGCCUAUUUCGGACUGCUUAGUCUCUUCUCA